CUGUCCGCUCCGGUGCCGGUGUCGGUUCCGGUUCCGGUGCCGGUGUCGGUUCCGGUGCCGCCAUGCCCGAGGCGCUGUCGCUGCUGUGCCGGGUGUCGGCGCACCCCGAGUCCCGCUGCUGGGCCCUGGCCUGGAGCCCCAGCGGGGCCCUGCUGGCGUCCUGCGGCGGGGACCGGACCGUGCGGGUCUGGGGCCGCGAGGGCUCGGGCUGGGCGUGCCGCGCCGUGCUGGCGGACGGGCACCAGCGCACCGUGCGCCGCGUGGCCUGGUCACCGUGCGGGCACUUCCUGGCCUCGGCCAGCUUCGAUGGCACCACCUGCGUGUGGCGGCAGCACGAGCACGGCUUCGAGGUGGUGGCCACGCUGGAGGGACACGAGAACGAGGUGAAGGCGGUGGCCUGGGCGCCCUCGGGGUCCCUGCUGGCCACCUGCAGCCGCGACAAGAGCGUCUGGGUGUGGGAGGGUGAGCGUGACCCCCUGCUGGCCAGCGCCAGCUACGAUGACACGUGUCCCCAGCUGCUGGCCAGCGCCAGCUACGAUGACACGGUGCGCCUGUACCGCGAGGACGAGGACGACUGGGUGUGCUGUGCCACCCUGGAGGGUCACACGUCCACCGUGUGGGCGGUGGCCUGGGAGCGCUCGGGCCAGCGCCUGGUGUCCUGCAGCGAUGACCGCACCCUGCGCGUGUGGCAGCGCCAGGAGGGACACGACGGUGGCUCGGAGCACAGCUGGCAGUGUGUGUGCACCCUGUCCGGGUACCACGGGCGCAGCAUCUACGACGUGGCCUGGUGCCACCUGACGGGCGCGGUGGCCACGGCGUGCGGUGACGACGCCGUGCGCGUGUUCGAGGAGGUGUCCCCGGCGUCGCCGCUGUCCCCGGUGACGUUCGGCCUGGCCGCCCACGUGCCGCGGGCGCACGCGCAGGACGUCAACGGGGUGGCCUGGCACCCGCGGCACGCGGGGCUGCUGGCGACCUGCGGGGACGACGGGGACAUCGCCUUCUGGCAGUACCAGCGCCCCGAGGGGCUCUGAGACACAACGGGGACACCCAGGGGCUGCAGAACCUCCCCAUGGCCUCCAGAACCUCCCCAUGGUCUCCAGAACCUGCCCAUGGCCUCCAGGAUCACCCAAUGUUCUUCAGAACCUACCCAUGGUCUCCAGAACCUGCCCAUGGUCUCCAGGAACCUCCUGCGGCCUCCAGAAUCACCCAAUGUUCUCCAGAACCUCCCCACAGCCUCCAGGAUCACCCAAUGUUCUCCAGAACCUCCCCAUGGCCUCCAGGAUCACCCAACGUUCUCCAGAACCUACCCAUGGUCUCCAGAACCUUCCCAUGGCCUCCAGAACCUGCCCAUGGCCUCCAGGAUCACCCAACGUUCUCCAGAACCUCCCCAUGGCCUCCAGGAUCACUCAACGUUCUUCAGAACCUACCCAUGGUCUCCAGAACCUCCCCAUGGCCUCCAGGAUCACCCAACGUUCUCCAGAACCUCCCCAUGGCCUCCAGGAACCUCCUGUGGCCUCCAGAAUCACCCAAUGUUCUCCAGAACCUCCCCAUGGCCUUCAGGACACCUCAGGGGUCUCUAGGAGCCUCCUGCGGCCUCCAGGAUCACUCAACGUUCUCCAGAACCUCCCCAUGGCCUCCAGGAUCACCCCAGGGACCUGCAGGACAUCCCAGGGGGCUCCAGAACCUCCCCAUGGCCUCCAGGACACCCCGGGGACCUGCAGAAACCUCCUGGGCCUCCAGAAUCACCCAAUGUUCUCCAGAACCUACCCAUGGCCUUCAGGAUCACUCGACAUUCUUCAGAACCUUCCCACGGCUUCCAGGACCUUCCCAUGGUCUCCACGAUCACCCAGUGUUCUCCAGAACUUUCCCAAAUGUCCUCCAGAACCUUCUCAAGUUCUCCAGAACCUUCCCCAGCCCGUCCUCUUGUCCCUCCCCGGUUGGGUUGGUGGGGUCGGGGCGGGUUUGGGGUCCCAGAGCCCCCCAAUAAAGCCCAGGGUGGCCCAAAAUGGCCCAAAAUGGCCCGGA